GAGCCUGUGGCAGCAGAAGGCGGGCCUGCAACUACUCCUGCGCUUUUGCAUCAUGCGGGCCCUGCACAGAGCCAGGAAGAUCCACAAAGCACAGGCGGUGUCAGCACCAACGACGAAGAGAGAGAGGAUGAUGAGUGGGACCUCGUCUCUCCCGUGUCUGAG